CACUCUCCUCCUCGACCAUUUCUCCCAACAAAUCAUACCUCCGAGCCUCUCACUGAGCUCGAAUCGAUCGCCAAGAAGCUAGCAUAGCUCAAUCUGCGAGCUUUUCUAUCUUUGAACGGCGAGCGAGAGAUACGUACAGCUGUUGGGUGGCCGGCCAUGGCGAAGGGCUCCACUAAGCAGGUGGUGAAGCCGAUGGAGGUGUCCGUGGAGGCCGGGAACGCCGGGGAGGCGGCGUGGCUGGACGACGACGGGCGGCCGCGCCGGACGGGCACGUUCUGGACGGCGAGCGCGCACAUCAUCACCGCCGUCAUCGGCUCCGGCGUGCUGUCGCUGGCGUGGGCCAUCGCGCAACUCGGGUGGGUCGCCGGCCCCGCCGUGAUGCUCCUCUUCGCCUUCGUCAUCUACUACACCUCCACGCUCCUCGCCGAGUGCUACCGGACAGGCGACCCGGCCACCGGCAAGCGCAACUACACCUACAUGGACGCCGUCCGGGCGAACCUCGGCGGCGCCAAGGUCACCUUCUGCGGUGUCAUCCAGUACGCCAACCUCGUCGGCGUCGCCAUCGGCUACACCAUCGCCUCCUCCAUCAGCAUGCGCGCCAUCAGGAGGGCCGACUGCUUCCACCAGAACGGCCAUGCCGACCCGUGCCGCAGCUCCAGCAACCCUUACAUGAUCCUCUUCGGCGCCGUGCAGAUCGUCUUCUCGCAGAUCCCCGACUUCGACCAGAUAUGGUGGCUGUCCAUCGUCGCCGCCGUCAUGUCCUUCACCUACUCCGGCAUAGGCCUCUCCCUCGGCAUCGCCCAGACAGUCGCCAAUGGCGGGAUCCAGGGCAGCCUCACCGGCAUCAGCAUCGGCGCCGGCGUCAGCUCCACGCAGAAGGUGUGGCGCAGCCUGCAGGCCUUCGGUGACAUCGCCUUCGCGUACUCCUUCUCCAACAUCCUCAUCGAAAUCCAAGACACGAUCAAGGCUCCGCCGCCGUCGGAGGCGAAGGUGAUGACGCGCGCGACGCGGCUGAGCGUGGCGACGACGACGGUGUUCUACAUGCUUUGCGGAUGCAUGGGCUACGCGGCGUUCGGCGACGCCGCGCCGGACAACCUCCUGACGGGGUUCGGCUUCUACGAGCCCUUCUGGCUGCUCGACGUCGCCAACGUGGCCAUCGUCGUGCACCUCGUCGGCGCCUACCAGGUGUUCGUCCAGCCCAUCUUCGCCUUCGUCGAGCGCUGGGCGUCCCGCCGGUGGCCGGACAGCGGCUUCAUCGCCCGGGAGCUCCGCGUGGGCCCCUUCUCGCUCAGCCUCUUCCGCCUGACGUGGCGCUCCGCCUUCGUGUGCCUCACCACCGUCGUCGCCAUGCUCCUCCCCUUCUUCGGCAACGUGGUGGGGCUCCUCGGCGCCGUCUCCUUCUGGCCACUCACCGUCUACUUCCCCGUCGAGAUGUACAUCGCGCAGCGCGGCGUGGCCCGCGGCAGCCCCAGGUGGGUGUCGCUCAAGACGCUCAGCGCGUGCUGCCUCGUCGUCUCCAUCGCCGCCGCCGCGGGCUCCAUCGCCGACGUCAUCGACGCGCUCAAGGUGUACCGGCCAUUCAGCGGCUGAUUAUCCCGCGUGCGUUGCGUUCGAAUGUGACGGGCGUGCGCUGGUUAAUUCACUUCUUUAAUUUGCAAUAUCACACACCACAAAAAAAGGAAAAGAAAUGUAACAAGCUGUGAUUUUUCACUGGAGCCCAUGAAGAAUCUUGUUAUUAUUGGUAAACUAAUUUUUCUCCCUAGUAUUCAUUGCAUUCCAUUGGAAAAAUUAUGGAUGUAGUUAGAUGGCACAAGGUGCUAGUUGUAAUCACAAGUGCAAGGGAUAUAUAGUGAAAAUAUAUAUAGUUAUUUUUCCAA